CGGCUGUCGUGAAACACCAAAGAAGAAGAGGAACCUUUUGUCUAGUCUAGUUUUUCUCCGGAAGAAAACACCGCGACACCAACGGCUGGUUGGUGCUAAUGGAUGAGGCUGGUGUUUAAUAUCUAAAAGUGAACUUUUUACAUUUUUUACCUUACGAUCUUUGCCUAGAAGACAUAAUGGAUGAGGAGCCAGAGCGAGCCAAGCGCUGGGAAGGGGGCUAUGAGAGGACCUGGGAGGUCCUAAAGGAGGAUGAAUCUGGCUCACUCAAAGCCACCGUAGAGGAGCUCCUGUUCCAGUCCAAAAGAAAAAGGGUCAUAGAGAGCCAUGGACAAGUGAGACUUGGAAUGAUGCGACACCUCUUUGUGGUGAUUGACUGCUCAAGAACCAUGGAGGACCAGGACCUGAAGCCAAACCGCCUCACCUCUACUUUAAAACUGAUGGAAGCUUUUGUGGAUGAGUAUUUUGACCAAAACCCCAUCAGUCAGGUGGGCAUUAUCACCACCAAGAACAAAAGGGCGGAGAAGCUGACUGAGCUGACAGGAAAUCCUAAAAAACACAUUGCUGCUCUGAAGAAAGCGGUGGACACUGCAUGUGUGGGGGAGCCGUCCCUGUACAAUUCUCUAAACCUGGCCAUACAGACACUCAAGCACAUGCCUGGACAUACAAGCCGCGAGAUUCUGAUAAUCCUGAGUAGCCUCACCACCUGUGACCCAGCCAACAUCUAUGAGUUGAUUAAGACCCUCAAGUCGCUGAAGAUGCGGGUGUCGAUAAUUGGCCUUUCAGCAGAGGUGCGGGUGUGCACAGUGUUGACCAGAGAGACAGGCGGCUCGUACCACGUUAUCCUGGAUGAGAGCCACUUCAAAGAGCUGCUGAUGUUACACGUCAAGCCUCCCCCAGCCAGCUCGUCCUCUGAAUGCUCCUUAAUACGCAUGGGUUUCCCUCAGCACACCGUUGCUUCUUUCACUGAUCAGGAUGCUAAACCUUCGUUCAGCAUGUCUCAUUUGGACAGCAGCAGUGGCCCAGGUCUGUCUCUAGGAGGAUACUUCUGUCCACAGUGCCACGCCAAAUAUACAGAGCUACCAGUGGAGUGUAAAGUCUGUGGUUUGACUCUGGUGUCGGCCCCACAUCUUGCCAGAUCCUUUCACCACCUCUUCCCUCUCCCAGCCUUCGUAGAGGUUCCUGUGGAUGAAAUGGAAAGUGACAGGUUCUGUCAAGCUUGUCAAGGGGAGCUGAAGGACAAAAGUGCGUUCAGCUGUACGUCCUGCCACAGUGCCUUCUGUGUGGAAUGUGAUCUCUUCAUCCAUGAUUCUCUCCACUGCUGCCCGUGUUGCAUUCACAGUCAGAGUGUCCCCUGAUGUUCAAAGGCUGACAAACAGGGACCCAAACGGACAGGUGGUCAUGUAUGCUGGCUUUUAUAUCAUCCGUCAGUCUUUCAUCACAUCCAGCCCCAGUCGCCUCCGAUAGGACGCAGGUGAUUCAGCAGGAUGAUUGUAGUCCAUUCAAACGGUGUUAAACAGGUAGAAGAUACCGGAGCAUUAAGGUUGCGUCAGAUCUUUAUUGUGCUUUGAGGACUGUAAGUGAACCACUUCCUGUCAUACAUACGUAGUUGGGAUUGUGACAUGGCGGUUACGAUAAAAACUGUUCUUUUACUAGUUGAAGGCUUCUGAUUGAUUUUGUUUAAACUGAACUUUUGUGAAGUUCCAGUCCUGCUCUAAGCACCUUUGGGUGCGGCAGGUUGCAUGGAUUCCAUUUUUUUAUACAAAGCAGUAAUAAACUGUAUGACCCCCCCCGGUG